AUGGGUCGUAUCAGCAUCGAUUACCAGCGCGUCCAUGUUGCUGGUUUCUCGCCGUUCCUCCAGUGCCACAGGUGCCUGCAGUUCGGCCAUACAAAACUAAGGUGCACUGCGGACCAAAGCUUCUGCUCACAUUGUGCGAGCAUAGAGCACGAUGUGAGCAAUUGUCCUAACAAGGAUAAGACCGAAAGCGCAAAAUGCCUAAACUGCCACACACACAAUAUGCGUUUCAACACUAAACUGGACACUAAACACACGGCUAACUCCAACACCUGCCCAAGUUUGCGAGCCAUGAGGGAGAAGAUAAAUAAUCGUGUCGACUAUGGAUACACACAGUAA